AUGGCUGAGGAUGGACAGUCGGCCGAUGCUCACAUCGAAAUGAUCGACAACGUUCUUGGUGUCUACGAAAAGAACCGAGAGAUGCUGCGCUUCGUUGUUGGCGACAACUGCCCGACGAACAAGCUAUUGCUACUCGGCUCAAGCGCUGCGCUGGCAGCGUUCACGGGCCUCAAGCCGCUGAAGGCCAACGCGACGCGUUGGUCAUCUACUUACGAGAUGCUCAAGCGCUACGCCGAUAUUCGAGACGCUAUCAAGAUGGUGCAAGCUGUUGAAGAUUUAGUGCCACGUCCAAGCUCUCACCGCCGCAUUGUUCAGCUUCUGAGCAAGCUGGGUGACCUUGACAGCGUAUGCGUAAAGUUGCAGAGCGAGAAGCUAGCGCUUGCUGACGUCCGGCUUCUUUUCGACGCCGUGGUGGUGAAGUACCGUAUUGUGCACUCUCCUGUCUUUGAGCGGGCCGUCGUGAACGUUCAGGGUGAUCGCAGGCUUCAAGCGGACGAAGAAGCUGCUGUCGAGCCCUUUCUGGUCGUCCAACCUUCUUCGGCCCCGCCGACCAAGCAGGUGGACUUCGCUACAGCCACACUCCGACAAGCCAAGAAGCCUCGCCACGCGUCAGCACAGAAGUACGACGAGUUGUUGAGCCAAUUGCCGCCGACUAGCAACCGAUGUGAGCGCCUCUUUUCACAGUGCAAGCUAAUUCUAACCCCACGGCGGUCAAGUCUGCUGCUAGCAAACUUUGAGAUGCUCGUGUUUCUACGAGCGAAUCGCGACCUUUGGAGCUUCACCUCGCUUGUUGGCAUUGAUGAUGUUUAG